AACCUCGUGUGGUAGAAUUAUUAAGUGAAUCUUUAGCUGUUUCAUUUUUUAUAGUUUUUUUAUUGGUUUCGAUAGAGUGUUGAUCAUAGAACCAUGACACACAACGAGAAGAGAAUCGGUUGGCUUCAAGAGGGAAUGAUCGGGCUUGGAGUUGGCGUCCUCUAUGGCACAACCAGUGUAGCAGUUGGACAUCCAUUUGAUACAAUCAAAACAAAGAUGCAAGCUCAAGCUGGGUUCGAAAAGACAAGCAUGAUCAAAUCAUUUGUUAAAACACUGAGAGAACAAGGAAUCAGAGGUCUAUACAGAGGGUGUGUUCCACCUUUAUGGGGCUCAGGCAUCUACAGAUCUACUCAGUUUGCUGUUUUUGAAGCAGUGUAUACAAUGCUAAACACAAGAAAUGGAAUAAGAGAAAUUCCAUUCACUGGAGGAAUACAAAUACGAGUUCUUGUCUCUGGGGCAUUUGCAUCAACAGCCAGAGCAAUCAUAGAAACUCCAUUAGAAUUAGCUAAGGUGAGAAGACAAACAGGACAAACAUGGCAUUUCAAAAGCCUCUACAGAGGAUUUGGAGUGACAUGGUGUCGUACAAUGGGUCUAAUGUGUACAUAUUUCAUGCUGGUAGACAGUGGUCGGCGACAUUUUCCAGAACAAUUCAAAAAACCAUUACUUGGUCCUUUUCUAACUUCAGGAAUAGCUGCUACUCUCGGAUGGUGGGUUGUUUGGCCGUUGGAAUACAUGAAAUCUCAAGUACAAGGAAAUUAUGGAAAGGAUCUUCCAGUCAUCACUCGCAUGAGGCUGGUGAUAAAAGAAAAAGGUGGUUUCUUCGGCCUUUAUAGAGGAAUCCUUCCAGGAUCCAUCAGAAGUUUUAUGUCGAACGGUUGCAGCAUGAUCGUCAUGAGCUGGGCACAACGAAAAGUCUCAGAGUGGGGUUUGAGAGAGCAAUUACGAUAGUGUCAUUAAUUUUUAAUAGAAUAGCAAAUUUUUACAAUUCUGAGACUGUAAAAUUCAAAAUCUAAGUGCCCAACUUUUUGGUUUCUUCAUUAGCACUUGUAAAUUUUACCCCUUCCAAUACUCUGCAGGACAAACUGAUAUCUCAUAAGAAUGCACAUAAUAAUAUUUUAUUUAUUUAUCCAAACUUUCUAAAUUAUUAUUUCAUAAAUUAAAUAUUAUGAAAAAUAUUUGUGCAGUUGUAAAAUUUCUUGUCAGAAAAAUGCAUGAAUUUUAAAUAGCUCCAAUAACCCCCUUGCAAUGUUGUCCUAGAGGAAUAUUGUUCUGGGGGACAAAAUGAUAGGCUGGCUUUUCUCAUGCAAAUAAAAAUCCAAUGUUUGGUCCCCCUGAAUAGUCCUCUUGGGACUCAGUGCAAGGUGUCUAUAGUAUAGGUAAACAAAUAAAUAGUUUUAAAACGUUUUUCUGUCUCUUAGUCAUGUUAUAAAUAUGAGUUCAAAAGGUACUCAUAAGGAGUUGAAUAUGUAACAAACAUACUGUCAUGUCUCUUAGUCUUGUUAUAAAUAUAUCUCCUCUGAAAGUCAGAAAAUUCAGCAAGAAUUUUUGUGUGAGAGAAGCGGCCAUCUUGAAACCAAACUCAUACUGUUCCAAAACGGUAUCAAAAGUCCUAAUUUGCAUAAUGUGAAUAUUCUAGCGCACGGUUGUAGUGUUAUACGUCGAAUACAUCACAUGACAAUGCAGCCAUAUUGGUGUACCAAACAAUAGAAACUUUCUACACAGUUUUUGCAUAAAAGUAGAGUUCAAUUCCCCGAGGAUAGAAAAUGUAUUGUUUUGGUACCCCAUAAUGGCCGCUGUGACUUCACGUGGAAAAACUCUAAUAAGUUUCUGAUGUGUUCUGAUAAAUAAAUGACUUCCAAGGCAA